AUUCCAAGACUUGGGAAAACUUGGUGGUGUAGCUAAUGCGACUAUGUUGGCAGCUGUCGGGCAUAUAAAGAAAAGUGCGAGGUACCGAACAAACACAAAAACCUGGAUGAAUCCCAGACCAGAAUUUUGAAAAGGAGGAAUUGUCUCUGCUGCUACGUUUCGCAUGCUCGCUGAUUUCUGCGGACAAUUCUUACUUCUGCCUCGGGGUAGGAAGAAAAAAGAAGCAGGGACAGAAGAAACUGAGAAGCUCCCUCCGUGAACAGCAGGGCGUGCUAUUCUUUAAUUCCUAUCUCUAUAGACACCGGAGCUUGCUAGCUCCGCCGCUGGUCAGCCGCCCGACUGCCAAGCCGCUGCUUCGAAGAUUCAAAGAGCGCGCAGGCGGCGGGCGGGAAGGAGAGAGCGGUUUCGUGGCUGGCGGCGGGGUGAGCGAGGGACCUGUGUCCAGCACUCUCAGCAUGGAUAGACUCUCUGUUCCUUGGUUGCAACGAUUCGAUAAAUCUUCUCGUCUUGUCCUCUCUGCACUGAUGUCUGGUCACUGGGGGGCCUUGGCUGCCUUCCGAAUCCUUCAGCGCUCCCCAUCAGGGGAAGAUGCAAGGCAGGGCUUUAACUGGCAGAUCUUCACUGAGAAUCUGUGUUCUCAAGAACCUGUGCUCAAGGGGUCAGAGAAGAUCCUCACCAUAAAACCAUUACUACUGCUGCUUCCACUGUUGUGCCAAAGAAAUCUCUUUUCCCUGUUGCUUACAGUACAGUCUGCUGUGCCCAAAGACUGUCUCAGCCGUCUACUUCAGGCCUCAAGACAAGAUCCCAGCCCAGACCUAUGGGUGCAAAGACUGAGGGAUUUAUUGCAAAUGGGGUUGCAGGAAAAGUCUUUGGCACCUAUCCUGCUAUCAGACGCAUGUCAGCAGCGGCUGAAAGGUCUGUGCCAGAAGGUUACGGCUCCUCAUUGCAGCAAACCUAGUUUAGAAAAAAAACUAAGCUGGUAUGUUAAACAGGCAGAUCCCAGCUCAGUGAUGGCUAGAGGUAUUCCUGGCCCUGUGUCUCACAUUAGGAAAAAAAAGAAACUAGCUGAGGAACCUCUGGAUCCUGCAGAAGAGAGAUCUAGGAAGAGGUCCCGACUGGAAGUUGAAUUGGAUACAGAACUUUCUGGACCACAUGCAGUACUGCCAACAGUUGGUACAGCUAGUGCAGGGAAUGAGAUCAUGAUGGAAGUUUCUGGAAAUGAAGAUGGUUGCAGUCCAAGCAAGAAUGUCUAUCAAAGUUCUCCAAAGAAGGAUACAGUAGAAAGGAGAGACGCAAAUCAGAGCACCCAACAGGAUAAUAAAGCAGAUGUUCCUGAUCAUAUCAAGGUGCAUGUGCAAAAACUUAAAGAACUACUAGCAAUGCAGUUUGAUCAUUCUGAUGGGACUGCCCCUCCUGAGCUACAGAUUUUAAAUGAAUGUACUCCAAGCCAGUUGGACCAUUUGUGCUCAUUACUGCAACUCUCGGAAUGCCAGGAGAAUGAACUUCUGCAGUUCUGCUCUUGGUUGGUGGCACUUACACCUGAUCUUGGUUAUAGUAAUGCAGCAGUACUUGCUGGAAAGCUUUUCCUGCCUCGGGUUCUCUUGCUGACUGAGCCAGCCUCUUGGUCUCUCACAACUGCCCUCAUGAUGUUCUGCUCCAAAUAUUCUCGUCCAGUCUGCUGCACCUUGAUUUUUUCAAUUGUACAGGCUCCAGAAAAAUGUGAGCUUAUUAGCUUUAUUAAUAAGUGGGGAUAUAUAGCAUUUUAUCUAAUAGGAAACUUUCUGAAAGCAAACCAGUUGAGUGCUGACAAAAUCAGACCCUAAAGAUAGCUACUGAGAAACAAAAGAGAGGUAUCUGCAAUCUUGAGUGAAUCUCAUGAUAAUGCAAACAGUAAAAAAAAAUGGGAGAAGCAAUACAGUGAGAACUGUGUGUACUCAGUAGGUCAUGGAACAUUGACUGUCAGGUGGAAAAGGAAAAUGGAAAAUCUGGGAGAGCAGAAGAACACAAAUUGGCCUGCAUGAGCUUGUUACAGCUUAUAGUUUCUUGAAGGAAAGUAUGGCUGACUACCUGUAAUGCUGAACAGCGACA